AUGUCUGGUCCAUAUGUAUCUACCUGCAGAUGCUCUUGCUCUGUGUGUGUUCCUCAUGGCAAUGAGACAAGCCGGCUGGCAGCGUACAGUGGCAGACGGCCUUCUGUUCAUGAAUCCACUGUAUCUGUUUUGUCUGACAUAGUGCAGAUUGGAAAACCUCUUCUUCUGGAAGUUUCAGAUGUUACCAUUACAUCCAAGAUUUACACGUAUUCAACCAAUUGGAAAAUAACAGCAUUUCCCUCUGGGCCUGAGUAUUUGAAUCUCAAGUUGUCCAAGUCAGAUCAGGAUAUCCCUACCGAUGCUGCUCUGCUCACAGAGGCAGAUGACAGGCAACAAGAAGAAACCUCCACAGAAUUCACCCACAGUCACAAGCAAGCUGUGUGGAUCCACGCUGACAAACAAGUGUAUGCAACAGAGGCAGAUGUAACAUUCGUUGCCAUAACAGAAGAAGAACCAGAGCCGCUAUAUUUUCUUUGGGAUUUUGGGGAUGGACCUGAGAUAAAGACAACAUCCAGAACUUUCACUAAGAGAUAUCGUCUUCCAGACAAAUACAAUGUGACCGUCAGUGUAUCUGAUGGACUCACUUCUGUCGUCUCAGAAGUUUAUCCUCUUGUGAUUCAGAGAGCUGUUCAGCCCAACAGGCUUCUGUACAGACCCUCUGUUUUAUUAAACAGCACUGUGAGCUUCACCUGCAGGAUCAAUUCAGGCACUGAUGUCUCCUAUCACUGGAAAUUUGGAGAUGGAACCGAGCGAGAUGGACAAAUCACUGAACAUCACAUCUUUAACAGAACUGGAGAAUAUGUAGUCGAGGUAUUAAUGUCCAACCUGGUGAGCUCUGCAUCCUUAACAGGACACAUCUUUGUAGUUGAAGAACCAUGUCUGCCUCCUAUGGUAAAAAAUAUGGGCCCAAACAAAAUACAGCUGUGGCGGAAUCAGAAUUUGCGUCUUGCUGUGACUUUUGAGGCCCAGAUUCAGUGUAACGUCUCCAGGGGUCUUGUGUAUAGAUGGACUGUAUAUGACAUGAGCGGACAGCCAUUGCUCAUCCCACACACAGAAACAGACAGGCAAUAUAUUGAACUGCCAAAGUUUUCCUUGAAUUAUGGAACAUAUAAAGCUAUAGCAAAGGUCCAGGUGGUCGGUCAUGUGGUCUACAGUAACUACAGUGUUGUUAUUGAGGUGAUGCUCAGUCAUCCUGUCAGUGUCAUUAAUGAAGCCACAAACAUUUUCAUCAGUCGUCAUAGUGGUACCGUCAUUACACUGGAAGGAAGAAAAUCAUAUGACCCAGAUUACCCAAAUAAUACUUUAAGUUACAGUUGGUCAUGCCGACCUGUGAACACAAAGGAGAGUAGAUGUUUCAAAAGAAACAUUCUGACCACUUCAGCAAUACUCAAGUUUCCCACAAAUUCCUUGAAAUCUGCCUCCGACCUGUUUCAAUUCACUCUCACUGUGCACAGCGGGAAUCGAUCGUCUUUGUCUGAGAUGUUCAUCACUGUUACAUCAAAAGAAGUCAGGUAUGACUAUGAUUACUAUGGUUCUGGAAUUGAAGAGGCUGACGGUGUCCCAGUUGGCAGACCAACAGGGAUCGAUUUAAUGGGAUUUAACUGGAAUGGAGAGUUACACCCUCACGCACAUGACAAUAAGGGUGAUAACCUAGUGGACCCCAGUCUGCUCGGACAAGUAGUAUCCGAGAAGACCCUGCUGGAUCUCCACAGACAGCUUAUUCAUCAGACUGUAUUUGAGUCUUACACAUUCACAGGAGUUUCCUCUUCAGUUGUUACAUUUAAACCUUUUAUGCUUAAACCAAAGAGUCUUUAUAUGCUUCAGGUGUCUACAAGUUGUGAGGGUGGGCAGCAGGGUAAGAGCCAGCUGUUCUUCCAUACGCAUGCCGUUCCCGAGGGAAUGAGCUGCCAAAUUCAGCCAAGCACAGGCUUUGAAAUCCACACUCAUUUCAGCAUCUUCUGCUCUUCUGGAAGAGAGGAUCUCGUGUUUGAGUACAGUUACAGUGUUGGAAAUGGUCCGAGGAGACUCCUUUAUGAGGGAAGAGAUUUCCAACAUUACUUUAAUCUUCCUAGUGGGGAUCCGAAACACGAUUACAAAGUCACAGUAUUUGUGAAAAUACAGAAUAGACUCGGAGCCGCAACCAAACAUUCCCCUGUGACCGUCACCGUUUUGCCAAGCUUUCAGAAGAACUCCUCCUCUCAUCUUAGCCCUGAUCAAGAACUGUAUAUAUAUGGAAUAGGUAACUUAACCAGUCUAGUACGAAUCGGCAGUGACAGAGACGUCAUCAACUACGUUCAUCUUUUGAGCACUGUGCUGAAGCGCCUGAGUCUGAACCAAGAGUCCUCCGCUGAUCUUCUGACGCUCACACGCUCAGCUCUUAUUUCAGCCAUCUGUCAGCUGACCGUCACUGACCAGGGACUUUUAUGUGAAAUCAUUCACAUGCUUACUGAUUUAAUACAAAUCUAUAGUCAGGUGAUGUUUGAUAGUGCAAAUCAAGUAAUCCAGUAUGUUCAUAACAUGUUGUCGAUCAAACAUGAGUCCAAAGCAAUAGGACACAGACUGGAUAUUGAGGUGGUGAAUGCAUUGAUUUCUCUCCUGUCUGUUGUACUGGACGCUCCUGUGCUUUCUUUCAGACCAGGACACCAACUUAUAAACAAAAUCCUUUAUACCAUCAAUAAUUUAGUACUGAGGUAUAUGCUGUCCAGCCAUGUCCCACAGUACAAUGUGAGCACUACUUCAAUGAAAGCAUUAGUCUGGAAGGUUGACCACUCUCACACUAUGGUGAAACCAUUCGACUUCACCACGUUCCACCUCAGUGACUUUCUGGAGAUGCAAUUUCAGCAGUGGAGUAGCAAUUACCGAGACAAGCCCUGCUUUAUUAUCUGGAUCACAGAGUACAGACAGAGCCCAUACCACUGGGCUAAACCCUCCUCACAGCCCAUUGGAAACGCAGCAGAUAUUCGACUCUACAACUGCACCACUAACAAAGAAAUCAAAGUGCGACACCUGUUCACGCCUGUCACCAUUGAGUUUCAGAGGAAAGAGGAGAGAAAUAGCAGACAUGCAGCGUUCACUCUUCUUCGUAGUCAGGUGAACACCCAUCAGUUCAACAUCACACCAAAGAUCCAGCAGAGAGCCAUUCACAUCACUGUGCGAUUUAGCAGACCAGCUGAACGUCCUUUUCCAGUCCUAUUACUGCUGAGGAUGUAUCACAGGCCAACACCUAAACUUUACAAUGAGCAGAAAAUAUAUCAGUGGAAAGGGCAGACGGCACACAUGUUUAUCCCAGCAUCCUCUCUGCAUGUUGCUGGCUCUGUCUACCUGAUGAUUCUCAAUGCUGACUAUAAUCAAAGCCUAAGUAACAAGUACAUUGCCAGAGCUGUAAACUACACACUUAACAUUGAGUCUGUGGAGUGUUUGUCGUGGGAUGGUGUGAGAGAGUGGAAGUCCAGUGGUUGUUUUACUCACAGUGGAGUUUCCCCAGACAAGAUCAAUUGCAGCUGCAAGCACCUGGCAUCAUUUGCCGUCUCGCAUGAGAAAAUCAGAAGCAGUUACAACUCAGCAGAUGUUUCACAGUUUAACCACUCUAAUGCAAACUACACACUGAUCAUUGUGACGGUAAUAUUCCUGACCCUAUAUGUGGUGAUGCUGGUCAUCUGUAGGCGUACCGAUGUUUCAAUGCAGAAAACUACAGGCUUGUUCCUGUUACCGGAGAACAAUCCCUCAGAUCAGUUUCUAUACGCUGUCACCAUUAAAACGGGAUUUCGAUCUAGGACCACGAUGACAGCACAGGUCCACAUUGUUCUGUAUGGAGAUGAUGGUGUCUCACAAACCAGGGAGCUCAGCAGCCUCGACUCCAAACUUUUUACCUGCAACUCUAGGAAUACCUUUAUUCUUAGCACUCCAGAGAGUCUGGGUCGAGUAUGGAAGGUGCAUCUAUGGCAUAAUAAUGGAGGUUCGUCUCCCAGCUGGUAUCUGAGUCACGUGGUGGUCCGAGACCUGGUGCAGGGAUCCUGUUGGUUUUUUCUCGGCCAGUGCUGGCUGGCAGUGGACGAAGGAGAUGGGAAGGUGGAGAGGAGCCUUACUUCUUCGAAAUACGGCUUGACAUUUAAACAGCUCCUAUAUUUAAAACUCACAGAGUACCUGAGGGACUUUCAUCCAUGGCUUUCAGUAUACAGUUGUCCAUCCUACAGCGCAUACACACGUGUGCAGCGUUUAAAUGUGUGUAUGCUGCUUCUACUGGGUUACAUGUGUGUCAGCACUAUGUUCAUACAUAUUUGGAAAGAACAGCACUUCGUAGACAUGGGCCUUAUCGAUGUUUCACCGGUCUCCAUGGUAACAGGGCUUUGCAGUGUUCUUGCUGUGAUGCCAGUCGGGAGUCUGGUAUCUCUGGUGUUUCGUGUCAGCAAGGCAAGCAUAUCCAAAAGUUUAUCAGAAGAGCAGUAUAAGGUUAAAGUGCCUGAUGUCUACUCUGUAGAAGAUCACCAUGAUGCUCUUCUGAUGAAUGAUUGCACAUUUGAGCCUAAUCUUUCCUCCCGAUUACCUCAGAGAAAGGAACAUAAGUAUGGGACUCAGAAUCACAAAGCAUGGGAUUCAACAUCUGCAUCAAAACUGCAGGAGGAUCCUGAUGCUAUCGUUGAGAUCGUGGAUAAAAGUGGAUCAGAUUUCAACAACAGACCACAUGACCUGAAGAGCCAUCAGGUUUGUGUUGGCAGAAUCCGUCAAAUCAGUAACCUUCAGUCCUGCUGUCAUUAUUUGGGUUGGACGCUGUGCAUCUCCCUCUCUCUUAUUUGUAUCAUCAUCACUGCAUCUUUAGGAAUAAAGUACAGCAGAACAAAAACUCUUCUGUGGAUUCAUUCGGUUUUCUUUUCGCUUGUCUGCUGUGGCUUUGUACUACACCCAGCAAUGAUACUCAUAAUUGCUAUCAUUGUGUCUUUAAUGCAUCGAGAGAGACUGGACUGGUUUCACAGUCUAAGUGUUAAAGGCCCUGUCAAUGAGUUAAUAAGACACGGUGGACUAAAAACACACAAUGACUUGUUUAACCCAAACCAACAAACACAGGGGAGGAUAACACAUUUUGAAAAGGUGCUUGCAGCCCGUCAGAGAGCCAGGUACCUCCGUCUGGUGCGCCCACCAAAUCCAAGAGAGCUGAAGACAGUGAGGGGUCAGAUUAAGAAAAGGACUUUCCUUCACAAAACUGCAAGGGAUUUGAUGUUACACCUCAUCAUGCUGUCACUGAUUCUCUUUGUCACCUAUGGAAAGUCUGACAAUGACCUCAAGUACCGCUUGAAUCAAGCUAUUACAACUCACUUCACAAAAGGCCCUCAAAAUUCAUUUCACUCUAUUGAAAGACAAGAUGAUUGGUGGAACUGGACAGCAUCUACAUUCCUGGAGAAACUAUUUCACAGCCAUGAUAAAGUAGACAUUGAAAAAAUGCCUUUAGGAGCUGCUUACUCUCUCAUUGCAACUCCGGUUAUUAGAAAGAUUGACAGCACAUCAUCCCAGAUGUUGAAUUUGUUCGGAAAGAACACCAUUAAAGACUCUAUCACAAGCUCGAAUGACCAAUCUGUGAUAGAGGGACACUCGCUGUGUGGACAGCUUGGAUGUUAUGAGGGAAAAGGAGUCAGUGUCAACCUGGGGAAAACACGGUCUCAAGCAAUGAAGGUCAUUAAAAAGCUUCAGAGUACUGGCUGGAUGAUUCAGUUCACCCAUGUUGUGAUGAUCCAGUUUCUUCUUCACAAUGCACAGAGUAAUCUCUUCACGUCGGUCACUAUUCGAGUUGAGCAAACACCAAUAGGAACCCUGAAAACUUCAGCCACUGUUCAGUCUACCAGACUUUAUCAUUUGCCACUAGCUCUUGACUAUAGUAUUAUGGCCUGUGAGCUUCUAUUACUUUUAAUGGUUCUGCUUCAAAUGUAUUGGCAAAUGUAUGCGAUGACUCAAAGAGGGUGGCUUUACUGCAGAAACCCUUGGAGUUGGCUGGAGGUGGCAGUUAUCAUCUGUUGUCUUUCACGAUAUGCUUGCUCUGUUUACCACUUCAUGCUUAAAACAGAGAUCAUUGAUUUCCUGCAGAGAAUGGAUUUUACAUUUUAUGUUGAUUUAAGUCCCAUCUUUCGUUGUGAGAAGAUUUUUUUAUCAGUCCAUGGCAUUGUUGUGAACUUGCUUCUCCUGAAGUGUGUCCUCUUCUUACGGCUAAACAAAACACUGGCAGGUGCCGUCUCCACUUUGAACCAAAUCUUCUCCAGCCUGCUUUGGUUACUGGCACCCGGUGUUAUUGUCACAGUGGCCUCCUUCUGUCUGUGGAACCUGAUCUUGCAUUCAAUCCCAUCUUCUAGCAACACAGGAUUCGUUGGUCUAUUUUUUUCUCGCUCAUCUCUUAUAGACCACUUUAUGUAUUUCCAAACCCAAGCAACACAUUAUUUUGGACUAUUGUUGAAAGCUAUGUUAAUUGGCAACCUUGCGAUUAUUGUGAAACAAACAAAAAGAACUUCAAAGAGGAAAGAUAUAAUGACUGUCUUUGAGCUGAUGUCUUACAUGAAAAAUAAAGCUUUAUGUCUCAUCAGCAAAGGCAGUCACAAGCCAACUUACCACCAUGUCCAUACAAAUAGUUUUUGUUUUGCAGAAUUUGAGGAUCUCAUGGAUGAGCUACUGUUUCAUCUAUGCACCAUGUCAGAAAGUCUCAACACCCUUCAAGCAAAGCAAAAUGUAUAUGAAACCCAAAGCAAUUUCUCUUUCCCAAUAUCUCAGCAUGAUUGUGGCUCAGAGAGUGCUGCUUUUGAUGUGACGUGUGUGAGUAGCCAGUCAAACAAGUUUGGGAAGUUAAAACAAAGAGGAAGUUUGGACCCGAAGGGGUGUUUCAUCACACAAAGAAAACACUUUAGGAGGAGAAACCCAGGAGAGCCAUUCAAAAGGGCCAAAGGAGUUCAGAAACCACCUGAAAGAACCUCAUUCAAGCAAGCAGCUCAACAGUGCCCCAGCUGAGUGGAUAGGCAUAAUGGCCUCUAAUAAAAGACUCUCUGACCCAGCCAGGAUAGGAGAUAACCACAGUAGCGUUGAAAAAAGUGACUCUUUCACCCAAAUGAAAAGACACACUGUUCACACCACUACAUCUUGUGAAGUCAUCAAAAGUCAGGCAACUUACAGCAAUUCAUAUCAGCUUAAUGUGUUGACUAUUGAGGGAAUGGUCAAUUACUGUGUGGAAGAGCAAACAAUUAUUCCAGGGUACAUUGAACACUGCAUGUAAUUCAAUAUGAAAUAGAUAUUUGACAUUUUUAAUGAAAAUUCCACAUUUCAAAAUAAUUUGAAAUAAAACACAUGUAUUAAAACGUAUUUUUUACUUUGAAAUGUAUGAAUAGCGUAAAUGUUAAUUUCAAGAAUUUUAAAUUAAAAGGAGUUGAACAAACAAACAAAUUGCUUCACAUAACUUGCUCCAAGUUAUCGUUUCACUUCCGGCAUUUCAACUCCUCCCUUUCACAAUAAACUAUCCAAGCAAC